UGGAAACCGCAAACAGCAAAAAAAAAUGACAGAAGAAGAUAAAAUUGGUACUUUGACAGAAGAAGCUUUAAAACGAAAAGAGCGGAUUGCAGCUCUCAAAAGAAAAAAUGAAGAGAUCUGUGACAAAACCGAACCCGUCAGAAAAUUACCGACGCCUAAAUUUCGGAGCUACAGACCACAGGAUGAUAGUUUAAAGGAAAAGAUAUUGGAGGAUGCAAAACCUGGUGAUGUGGAAGCUGAAAUUGAGGACCAACUAAAGGCUGGUGCGACGAAAGCAGUCAUCGAAGAACUUGAUCUUCACAACUUAGCUCCGCGCAAGCCUGAUUGGGAUUUAAAAAGAGACGUUGACAAAAAGCUAGAAAAAUUAGAAAAACGUACUCAGAAAGCAAUAGCUGAACUGAUUCGAGAUCGACUCAAAAUGGGUCAGGAAGAUCUUGCAAGUGUAGUUAAUGUUGGAACAAAAAGUUUUGAAAACAAAAAUUAAGAUUUCAAUGUUCGCUGAUUUGUAAUAUAAUGUUUAAUCAAUCUGCGUUUUGUAAAUAUAUACUUAAAUAUACGAUAUUAUUUUUAUCAC